UAUAAGAGAUUGAAUUUAAAGAAUAUCCAUAUUGACUUAGACGUUAUAUCAUUCACAAUGAAGUUAAUAUUUACUGCCUUUUGUGUUAUCAUCGCCGUGUCGAGUACUGAAGGUCAAGGUUUCCCAACGGCGCGUUGCCCUCCCGGCGAGCACUCAGUCCUCUACUGUCCACAACGAGCUGAACCCUCAUGUGACAACCCCACGGUCCACCAGAUGAGUGGGCCCAACGCUGGGCUAUGUGACGUCCCUCAGUGUUUCUGCAACAAACCAAAUGUAAGAAAUUUGAAGACUGGCAAGUGCGUUCCUUUUGCUGAAUGCUGAUAGGAACAGCUCUAAGUAUGCUAUAGAAUCUGUAAAAUGCACCAGUUUUAGCUGAAAAUAAGUAGUUGUUAAAAAACAAAAUUAAAUUAGUCGGCGAAUCAUCAUCAUCAUCA